AUGAGCGAUGAAGGGUCUUACGUCUGUCGCCUCCCGAAUGGCUCAGAAACUCGCACCCUCGUGGAGAUGAAAACAGGAUGCCACAACAAUCUCACUGUUUCCUCACAGCGGCUCAAUGAGUCUUCUUUGCAACUCAGCUGCCAUCCCUGCCAGCCAGUGAAGGUGGCAGGUGGCUUUUAUUGGACGCUGAACUCCGAGAGGCUGGGCAGGCGGCGCUGGGCUCAGAAGAGUCACUCCGGUUCUUAUAUCACUUUGAAUCCCGUUCGGCCGGUCAUUUGGGGACGCUGGGAGUGCCGUUCGAUUGCCAAUCCCACGUGGGUCUCUGAAAUUUGCUUGAAGCCACCCACGAGGGAAGAUGCAGCUGAUGCACCUGGAGGGCCCAAAAUGAAAGGGGCUGAAAUCUGGAUAUGGGCACUGCUUGUGGCCGGGCUGGCUGUUGUUCCAAUUCUCGGGACAAUUGUGUGCCUCUGCAAAAGAAGAUCAGCAGGCAGGAAAAACAAAAGAAGAAAGAAGGAAAUAGAUCAUGCUACCCUGAGAUGUCCACCUGGAGUUCUCCUGCAACAGGAUGAGGAGCUGCCAGAAAGGGAAGAUCUGGAAGAGGCAACCACUUCCCUUCAUUAUGCUCAACUGCAGCUUCCUCCAAGGAAAUUCCCUUCCAUCCCGAGUCUGGAUGUUACCACCAUUUAUGCAGCAAUUGUCUGAAGCUGCUUCUGUCUCUCCCACCUGGGCACGAAGCUCCAGAGACCAUCUUUCGAUUCACCAGGGAGAUUUUCGCUCGCUCCUUGCCUCAGCUCCCGAAACCCCUCUCUAGUUGACCUGUCCCCUUUGCUCCUUGAACUGCACCGUCUUCAAUCACCCCAAAAUGGCAACGCCUCCUGCUUUUUCUUUCUCACCUCCUUCAACUGCCUCCCUUGAAGCCAGGAGUCUACUUACAAUAAGCAAUUUAUCCAAGUGUAUAUUUGUGAACCAUUUUGUGUAAUGAAACAAUAUUACCUGCACAGAAAAGCCCCCUUGAAUAGUUCAGUUUUGCACAGACCUACCUAGUGCUUAAAGGCCCUGCCUUUUUGCCAGCUGAACGCAAUUCAUACAUUUAAAAGAAAUGUUUAAAUCAGGGCUGAGGUCAGCUUUCAGUGUCCCUUUUCCUCUGUGUAUUGGGAGUAAGCAACAAAGGAUCCACCACAAUGGAAAGUCAAA